AUGGCCGCGGUCUAUGGAGCGAGCCCACCUCAGUUGCCACCCGGCCAACCGGGGGAGGCAGUUCACCUCAGCGCCUCCGAGCAAAUGGAAACGCGCCACUACGACAUCACCAACACCUGCGCCCGCCUGCUCUGCUGCUGCCUGGAGAGCCACCUGGAGCUGAACGAGGAGGAGGCCAUCUUCCGGGGCCGCAGCUGCUGCGUGAAGAGCGUGCGCCGGGAGCCCUACGCUCAGCUGGGCUCCGUGGCGCCGGCGGAGCUGUGCUGCGGAGCUUGCGUGAACGUGAAGACGGACCAGUCGCUGCGGAGCUCCAGAACCGCAAGGUGA